CGGCUCCUCUGAAAUUUUCUCCGGGUCAUCAUUUGUUUGGGGGGAGAGACCGGAGAGACGUUUAAAUAGCGGAAAAAAAACGCGUGACAACAACACUUCAUGGAACAAACUACAAGACGAACGACGGACACACUUCGGACUCUAUGACUCGUCGACAAACAACGAUAUUAAUUUGUCCACCGCCAAAUCCGGAAACAUGGAGGACCCAAACAGACCUCAGCGGAAAAUGUCAACAGCAGGAGACAGUUUGUACAAAGUCCUGGGUCUGGAGAAAGGAGCAACUCCCGAGGAAAUAAAGAAGACUUACAGAAAACUGGCGCUGAGGCAUCACCCCGAUAAGAACCCAGACAACCCAGAGGCUGCAGAGAAAUUCAAAGAGAUCAACAACGCCAACUCCAUCCUCAGUGAUGAAAACAAACGCAAGAUCUAUGACGAGUAUGGAUCCAUGGGCCUCUACGUGUCAGAACAGUUUGGGGAUGAGAGCGUCAAAUAUUACUUCCUCAUGUCCAAGUGCUGGUUUAAGGCCCUUGUGGUGUGCUGCAGUAUUUUCACGUGCUGCUGCUGUUUCUGCUGCUGCUGUUUCUGCUGUGGGAAGUGCAAGUCGGCUGAAGAGGAACAUUUUGCAUACAUGGACCCAGAGGACCUCGAGGCCGAGAUCAGAGAACAGGAUACAGCUGGAGACCAUGUAAUAAUAAUUCAGCCGAGCCCUAGUGCUGCCACUGCCACUUCGGGUGAAGCUGUCACUUCUUCAGGUGAAAACACACCAAUUGUGAUUCAGCCUCAUGCGACCAACGGGACCUCGGGGCCCGGAUCCUCCAGCCAGCUGUCCAUGUCAGCUGAGAAAUGAGCGAGUGAGUGAGUGAGUGGAGUCCUUCAGAGUCUGGACUGUCUGAUUAUACCACAUCUGCAUCAGCAUCUGUAAUGAUCAGCGGCUGAUAAGGAUUUGAAUGUUGCUAACGUGCAGAAAUCAUAUUUAUCUCAGAGGCUUGUAAAAGAAACAAGCGGCGAUUUGAUUGUGCCAUAAGUUCUAUUUUUUAAAGUGCCAAUGGUGUCUUCACUGCAAUCUCAUAUUUAUUUUUUUAACUUUUAAUUUUUGGGUACAGUCUGAACUGCAGUGUCAAAUGAGGAAGCCAUGCAGAUCAAAGCUCUGUAAUAUUUUUUAUGCACUUUAAUAAUUCAAGUUCGUGUUCAUGCCACAAUGCUCUGAAAACAUACCUGCUCAAGAUCUCACUCAGAAUUUUUCAACGCAACAUGAUGGAUUAUUGGAGGCCAACCACUUGAAGUUUUAUGAGGUGUUUAGUCAUACUGCACAUAGAUUCAUAUUCUAGAAAGGACUUUAUGUUUGGAUGUCAACUGCCUGUUAAAACUCUGAGAAUAUUUAAGAAACUCACUGCAAACAACAUUUAGGGAAAUAUACUUGUUUGCUUUCUGUCUGAGAUUUGAUAAUUUCUUGUUUUUAUUUCUGGAAAAAGACAAGCAAACUUCUGCACAGCAUGUCCUAACUCACAUUUUAGACGGUAUGGUCUCUCUUUUGCUCGCAGCAGUUUUGGGUUAAAAAUAUGACUGAAGAUCUUUUUUUUUUUUUUUUUAACUCUUCAGUACUUUA